AUGGAGCUAUGUGGGAGGCAGAAGGGGACCAGCCCAUGGCCUUGCCACCUCUCCUCUACAGCUGCCCCCUCUGCUCCUGUAGAAUCAGUCCUGGCCUCGGUCUUUGUACAGCUGGACUUGCCAAAUCAGACCUGGCCACUGGCACUCUCCAGGACCCUGACUCACCCCCUUGCCUCGGCUUCCUCUUUCCCAAGAACUCUCACUGGCCUCAGCCUCACAACAGAGUGUAACCUCCACAGCGAUGGGCAGACCUAUUGUGCUUGCCUGUCUGGGUACCAGUGGAACACCAGCGUCUGCUCCCGGCACCCUCCCUGCGAGCCCGCCCACAGCCACAGGCCCUGUGGCUGUCUGGUCCUCGGCGCCGCUGAAGCCGGCUCCUGCCAGUUGCUGCCACCUGGUGAGCCUGCCUUCUGCCUCCCUGCAGUCCCCGGACGGCUGAGCCUGACCUCCUCGGUGCGGACACCUGGCGCCACUCUGAACCUGACCCUUGUCAAGAGCCGUGAGACCACCAACCUGAACUGGUUCCUGCGGCACGCGGGCAGUCCCACACCCAUCCUCCUGCAGCCAGGGACACAUGUGUCCCUGGCCUCUAGCCCGGGCCAGGCUGUCCUCAGCAUCCUCAACGCCUCCCAUAGAUGGGCAGGUGAGUACACGUGCUGCUUCGAGGCUCAGGGAUUCAGAUGGGAGCUGUCCCAGGUGGUGAAGGUGCCCCUGCAGGCAACCGAUGUGGCUCGGCUUCCAGACCAGCUCUCCAUUUCCUGUGCCACCUGCCCUGGCUUCCAGCUGACCUGCUGCAUCCCCAGCACGCACCUGGCCUACGCAGCUUCCUGGAGUCCCAGGGAGGGCAGCAAAGCCUCCUUAGUCAACAAGCCAGGCUCCCGGCGCUUUGUGCUGGCCGUUCACAACUGCCCUGUGGCUGACGCCACGUACACUUGUGAGCUGCAGAGCCCAGGACUGACCCCUCUCAGGGUCCCCAUCUCUGUCACCGUCAUCCAGGAUGGAGACACCGCCUGCCCUGAGGACUCCUCAGCUGUUGCCUGGAAAGUCACCAAGGCUGGCCACGUGGCACAGCCCCCAUGUCCGGUGAACAGGACAGGCACAGUGAAGCGGACCUGUGGGCCUGAUGGGACGUGGGAGCCCAUUCACAGCAGCUGCUCAGACCCAGAGCUCCUGGCCUUGCAUCACAGAGCCCGGCUGCUACGGGCAGGCCAGGGCUGGCCUGCUGGGGAGGUGCCACAGAUCCUGGCAUAGCUGUCGGAGCACGUGAUGGCAGUGAGCUCGCCCUCUGACUUAUUGGCAAGGCUGGGCACCAUAUCAUUCCUGGCCAAGGUGGUGGUGGAUGCUAGAAUACAGCUUACCCGCAGGGCCCUGGAGGCUCUCCUGAAAACCACAGACAAGGUCCUAGACAUGGACACCGGCUCUCUGUGGGCCCCAGCCCAGGCCCAGAAGCCCUCAGCGGGCUCAGAUUUCCUGCUGGCUGUGGAGACCCUGGCACGCAGCCUGUGCCCACAGGAUCACCCCUUCUCCUUCAGCUUACGUAACGUGCAGCUACAGACCCAGCUCCUUGGACCUGCGUUUCCUGCUGACUACAGAGCCUCCUUCUCCACUCAGGCCCCAUUGCGGGCAUGCAUUCCUAGGCGCUCACUGGCCCCACUGGGCCAUAAUGGAACAAACAUCAGUGUUACUAGCAUGCUACUGCGGAAACUGGACCAUCUUCUGCCCUCAGACUAUGGCCAAGGGCUGGGGGACUCCUUCUAUGCCACUCCUGGGCUGGUCCUCUCCAUCUCCAUCAGGGCAGGUGGCCAGGCCUUCAACCAGGGAGAGGUCAUCAUGGACUUCGGGGACACAGCUAGCACUCCCCACUGUGUCUUCUGGGACCAUGAUCUCUUCCAGGGCAAGGGGGGUUGGUCAGAUGAAGGGUGCCAAGUGCAAACCGCUCACGCCAGCCCCACCGCUCAGUGUAUCUGUCAGCACCUCACUGCCUUCUCCAUCCUCAUGUCCCGAAAUACUCUUCCAGAAAACCCCACCCUGGGGCUGCUGAGUCAGGUGGGCUUGGGGGCCUCCAUCCUGGCACCGCUUGUGUGCCUGGGCAUGUACAGGCUGGUGUGGAGAGCCGUGGUACAGAACAAAGUUGCCUACUUACGCCACAUGGUCCUGCUCAACGUGGUGCUCUGCCUUUUGGCUGCGGACACCUGCUUCCUGGGAGCCCCACUGCUUCCUCCGGGACGCCAAAGCCCACUCUGCCUGGCUGCUGCCUUCCUCUGUCACUUCCUCUACUUGGCCACCUUUUUCUGGAUGCUGGCUCAGGCCCUGAUGUUGGCCCACCAGCUGCUCUUCGUCUUCAGUCAGCUGUCCAAGUGCCGAGUAUUCUCCCUGAUGGUGGUCCUUGGCUAUAUGUGCCCAAUGGGGUUUGCAGGUGCUGCCCUGGGCCUCUACCUACCCCAAGGGCAAUACCUGGGGGAGGGGGCAUGCUGGUUGAAUGGGAAGGGAGGGGCACGCUACACCUUCGUCGGGCCAGUGCUGGCUAUUGUGGGCAUGAACGGGCUGGUACUAGCCAUGGCUGUGCUGAAGCUCCUGAGACCUUCGCUGUCAGAGGGGCCCCAGGUGGAGAAGCGCCAUGCCCUUCUGGGGGUGACCAAAGCCCUGCUCGUUCUCACCCUCUUCGGCCUCACCUGGGGGCUGGGCCUGGCCACCCUGCUGGAGGAAGUCUCCAUAGUUCCUCACUACAUCUUCACGAUUCUCAACACCACCCAGGGUGUCUUCAUCUUACUGUUUGGUUGCCUCACAGACAAGAAGAUACGAGAGGCUUUACUCAAACGCUUCUGCCGCACCCAACCCUCCAACUCCACCAUCGCCCUAGUGAGUUGCUGGCUUCGAAUCCUCAGUUCUCGCGCUGAGAGCAGGUUAGAAGCAGCUGUUCCAAGCCUUCCUAAGAGGCACAGCUAG